AUGGAGUACCCGCCGCAAUAUCAACAGCCUCAUGGCCAACAUCCGCAUGCUCCCUCACACUUGCCCGGUCCUUACCAAGCUGGUCCCCCAAAUGCUGGACCUCCUGUCGGGUCCAUGGCGUCGCCAACCAACGCUCCGCCUCAGAUGCAACAGACACAUCCCGCCCACCAGACUUCUCCUAUCAUUCCAUCCCAACAGCACUACCAGCAACCGCAGAAUGCGCCCGGCGGUGUCCACCAACAGAUGAAUUUCCCCCAGGGAUAUGGUGUCCCCGCCGGCAUGCCCCAAGGGUAUGGUAUUUCGCCUACGCAGGCUGCCGCCAUGGCCACCGCGGCCGCCUCGGGUCAGUUCUAUCCUGUGCACCAGGAUUCCAUGGCGGGUCAAAUGGCCCAGGGACAGCGAGGAUCUCCUCGCAUGGCCCCUGGUGUCCCGAUGAAGCAGGACCGCAACCCUCGAUCGCCGCCACAGAUGUCGGGACAGAUGCCACCCAUGGGUAGCGGUGUUCCGAUGGCGCCAAACACGCAGAUGGCUCAGCGUCGAAUGAGCCAUGUCGGCGGUAGCCCCAAUGUACAAAGUGCCCAACCCGUCCUGAACCACAUCAGCCGUGCCUCCGCCAUGGCGCAGGGUCACCCAUCCCCGGAGAUGGUGGCCAGCACCAACCAGGAAGAAUCACCAUUAUACGUCAACGCGAAGCAGUUCCAUCGCAUUCUCAAGCGCCGUGUUGCGCGACAGAAGCUUGAAGAACAAUUGCGCCUGACCUCCAAGGGCCGCAAGCCUUACCUGCACGAGUCACGACAUAACCACGCCAUGCGUCGACCCCGUGGCCCUGGUGGCCGCUUCUUGACCGCUGACGAGGUUGCCGCGAUGGAGAAGAAGGCGGCCGAAGGUGGAGGUGAUGGGUUGGAAGAUAUACUGAAGGGCGAGAACGGAUCUGCGCAGAAGCGCAAAUCAAGUGAAGUCAACGAUGAUAACGUCAACACCAAGAAGACCAAGACGCUUGCCAGCGCUGAUGGAAGCGAGCAAGAAUCGGCCGACCCAUCGGAUGAGGAUGGCUAA